AUGUCUGAGUUGCUGGGCCACACGCCCACCACGUUGCGGGUGGUGGCGAUGUUUGCGGCCGCCUUCUCCAUGACGCUGAAUCCAAGUGCGGGCUACUUCCCCCCAGCAGGCGCCUUCUGCGCGCUCUACGUGGAGAAGGCUGUGUCUCAUGGCCUGAGGCCAGGAGUUGGAUUUGCGAUCUUCCCCUGUGCUGUGGGGGUUGCCCUCCUCCUGGUCAUCACUCGCCUGAUCACGUUUUCCAUGGCGCAUCCACUCUGGAAACUGAAGAAAUUGUACAAAUCCAGCCGGAGGAACACCGUGGACGUCGAUGCAUGA